AUGCAUCAAUACAAUAUUGAUCAAAUUCAUCUAAGUCAAUCACCUCCAACUGACCGAUGUCCACGAUUUUUUCAACCAAAGGGACUUUCACAUCUGGAAUAUGAUUCUGAUACACCCGAUGAGGAUGAUUGUUUCAAUGAUCAUGAUUUGAAAAAAGUAACAUUGGCAAUGGAAACAGAUCACUUUGCUAAAAUCGUUACAUCAACUCAACAGUAUAAUGAUGUCGAUUCUACAUAUGUUUCUGAUGAAGAUCAACCGAUUAUUUCUCAAGCAAUUAUAGCUAGGCUUGAUUAUGCUUUGAAAAGUACAAAAUUUGCUAAUAACAGUGAAGCUAUGGAAACAUACUCGAAUCCAAACAUUUCUAAUCAUCAUCGACCAUAUCCACCAGUCGAACGUACGGGAAUGGUUCAUGAUCAUGAUCGUCCUUUCGCUGAAUAUGGUCAUUUAGAUGCUGCAUCCAUUUCACAAGAAGAUAAUUUUGAUUGGAAUGGAAUCGAUAAUGAGCAUCGAAGAGAAACAAAUAAAAAACGAAUGCAAUGUAAAGCAUGGGCUAUAACAUGUUGGUCCGAUGUAUCUAAACAAACAAUACUCGAAGAAAUUCGUCGUCAAUUCCGAGACGAACGACUUCAAUAUGUCUGUGUGGCAUCAGAGAAAAAUACAACGAACAAUAAAACACAUCUUCAUGUGCAAAUUAUAGCCAAAGAGAAAAUCAACAAAAAGUCAUGGUUUUUGGAUGAUAUAGCUGGUGUUCAUUGUAAUUAUCAAAUAACACACAAUGAUAUUGCUUGGAACGAAUAUUGCAAGAAAGGAGGAGAUUUCAUUGAAUUCGGCGAAUUUAAAUCUCCAUCAAGUAGAGGCAGUAAAUAUUGGCCUGAUUUACCGCCAAGAUUGUUGUGUACAUUAUCAGAAUCAUCAUCAUCAUCAAACGAUAUUCACGAUGCAGUGUCUCGACAGAAAUCUACACGCAACCUUGCUGAAAAACGACGUCAACGUAAAAUCGCUACGGCUGAACGGUCUCUUCUACUGGCACAAACGGAUGUGACAAAAGCGAUGAAUUUGGUGCGUGAAGCGAUGCCAUUGGAAUUUCUAUCGCAUAGUUCGUGGUAUGAAAGUAUUUUCUUAUGCAUACACAUGCAUUACAUAAACAAAUAUUCAUAUCAUUUGUAUUUUGAUAUGUCAU